AUGAUUCCGGAUGAAAUGAAUGGUUCAAUAAAAGCAGUACAGAAUUGUAAAUUGAAUGGUGACUGCUCGCCUUGCUCGAAUGGGAAGAAGAGGAUGUUCAAACCGCAUGUGGAAGUACAGUUGAGGAAAGGAGUAGCGAAAUCUCAAGUCGAAGGAAGGAUACCUGAGUUGGAAGCGUACAUCAAAGAACUGAAAAGCAUACGUAACUGGGUCCCGACUAUUGUAGAACUAUCAACUGGGGCCGGUGGUGACUGCGACUCUCUCGCCAAUUUCAUCCAUGGCAUCGCAAUCGGUUGUACCAAUUAUCCCGACGCUUCCUCUCUCACCUCGCUGUUGGAGAACGUGAAACUCGACGAGCAUAACGUUCAUUUUUAUCGGCUUAACACCGAUGGAGCCAUGAAUCAAGCGUUGUCAGUUGACGAAAAUUCGGAUGAUAAUGCGGUUGGUUCACUUCUCUGGCAACUACCGUGCAGUGAAUUUGAGAAUCUAUGGGAGAAUUUGGUCUACGAUUCAGAUCUCAAGAACGAGCUCAUGUCCUAUGUACAUGCUCUGAUCCAACUCUCAGAUAAUGGAGCCGACAUGAACGUGAUCAAUGUCAAUCGACUCAUAUUCUGCUAG